AUUCGACAACUAGUUAAUGAAAUCCAAGAACCAACUAACCCUCCUGGCAUUGUCUUACAGCAUCUUGAUAAUAAUCUGUUGGCAGCCUCUAGCGAGACGCUCAAUCGAUCUGAAAUCAAAUACGUCGCCAGGAUCGUCCUAAAAGCUCUAGAAGUCCUCCAUGAGGAUAGCUACGUUUAUACAGACAUUAAACUAAACAACGUCUUAUGCAACUAUAAGCAAAAAGAGGCUCCUAAUAUCAGAUUUUCUGAAGUUCUGCUAGCUAACUUUGGGAGUUGUGUUCCGGCUACCUCGGACUAUGCAAAGAAAGGAGAAGGCAUUGGUGCCUCGAUUUUCAGGAGCCCAGAGGCCAGCCUUCAUCUCCCAUGGGGACCAUCUACUAACAUUUAUCUUUUCUUCGGCAACUAUCACCUCUUCAACCCCAGGGUUUCCGUCGAUAACCCGAAAUACGAGCGCAUUAUUCUUGAGAGAAUGCACAUGUUUUUCGGCCCUUUCCCUCUUACAUACAAGGAACUGGCCGAUACAAAAACUCUCAAUUACUUGGCCGACAUCAUGAACAGCGUUUCCCAACGAAAGCCUUUUCACAUGAUCAAGGAUAAGGAAUUUGCACCGGAGGACAAAACUUUUUUAGUCAAGAUCAUGAAACUCGAUCCAAGAGAUCGGCCAACGGCGAAGCAGCUCCUUGAAGACUCUUGGUUUUCGGAGCCAUGA